CACUCUCCUGUAUCCGCGCCAGCGCAUGUUCACACGCGGGUUACAAAACCCACUGCGUUUUUAUUAAACAAUAUCUGCCCUGACGCGACGAGCGAGCGCCUGAUUGAUGAUUCUCCAUCUCUGAAUGAAGUCCUGCUCGCAGAGAGCUGAGGACGCGACUGCCAUUGAUGACACCGAGGAGACUAAAAUGGGAGAACAUCACAGGAGCGCUGUCAGUGAAGAGAGACACACAAAGGCGACUGACAACCGACAGCCAUUCGAGAGGAGACGAACGGAGGCUUGGUCUUCAAUGAUCGUUCGCACGGUGUGAAGAGUGGCAAAACAGUCGUCAGCCUUUCUGGAUGGUGUUGGCGAUAUCUGAAAGGCUCCUAAUGCGCUAUCUCCCACCUUGUCUCUGUCACCAUGCCCACCUUUCCACCUCUGGGCAGUAAUUCCAGCACAGUGCCCUGGGACCCCGGGGCAGCCCUGUCGCCCUCUCUGGUGAACAGCACAGUGAAGAUGGUGCUCAUAUCUGCGAUCGUCUGCACAUCGCUUUUUGGAAACAUUGUGGUGCUGCUGGUGUUCCAGCGCAAACCACAGCUUCUCCAUGUUGCUAACCGAUUCGUGCUCAACUUGCUCCUUGCUGACCUGCUGCAGACGGUGCUGGUCAUGCCCUUCGCCAUUGCUGCCACUGUGCCAGAAGUCUGGCCACUGGACGCUCGGCUUUGCCAGGCACUGGUGGUGCUCAUGCAUCUCUUCGCAUUCGCUGGCGUCAAUACCAUCAUCGUGGUGUCCAUAGAUCGCUACCUGGCCAUCAUCCACCCACUGUCCUAUCCAACCCGAAUGACACCGCACCUGGGCACCAACUUAAUCGCUCUCACCUGGCUCGUAAGUGUACUUCAAAGCACUCCGCCACUGUAUGGAUGGGGAACCAUUGACUUUGACCGUCGCCACAAUGCCUGCACUGUUGUAUGGUCCUCGAGUUACUCGUAUUCUGCCCUGGUGUCUGCGCUUUCCUUCUGGCUGCCUGUGGUGAUCAUGCUUUGCUGCUAUUGGAUGGUUUUCAGAGCGGCGAGACGACAGAACGCACUGGUUCACCCCAUCCAAUCCAACCCCCCUCUGGAUUCCCAAGCAUCUUGUUCCAGCCCCCAACGGCAGCAGCAAUCGCAGCAAGAGACCUUUUCUGCAACUUAUCCCAUCAGGACUCGGCAGAGACGCUUCCAAUAUCACUGUAAGGCGGCGCGGGUGGUGUUUGUGAUCAUGGCGUCCUACGUCCUCAGCAUGGGCCCGUACAGUGUCUUGAGCACCAUAUCCAUUUACUCCAGUGCAGCAGUGCCACCCUGGUUGGCUUCAACAGCACUUAUUCUCUUCUUUCUGCAAUGCUGCUUACACCCCUACAUCUACGGCUACAUGCACCGCAGUGUUCGCAAGGAGUUCCUGGCGCUGCUGUGCGGCCCUUUCUGCGGGCAAGGCCGGAUCAGUCAAGGCUCCGCUGUGGACAGUUGCUUCACAGUGACAGAUGGGCGGCUGGCACACAACAACCUUUCAAACCAGGCUGCCCGUGCGUGUCCUCUCCGCACCUGGGAAGAAGGCACCACAUCUUCUUCUCCUACAGAAAGGAGGUCUAAAGACAGCCGUAAGGAGACCACCUCCAUCAGUCUGAGCUCGGAGAAGGAGCUCACUGUACACAGCACCGCCAACAAGCAGCCCGAGGAAACUUCUACAGGCAAAUUCUGAGCGAGUGUCGAGGUAUAUACAGCUUUUUAAUUUCUGCUUUGGGCACACACUCCUAAAAACAAAGGUUCUAAAUGCGUGGUUUGCAACAGUGCCACAAAAACAUUUUUGGUUCCAGAAAGAACCGGGAAUAAGCCUUAAAGCAAUUUUUCUUAGUGUGAAAGAUUUUUAGUUAUUUAAAGAACUUUUUGUACAGUGGAAAGUGCAUCGUUGAUGUAAAAGGUUUUUCAUGGCACCACUAAUGCUAAUAAAGAAACUUUAUUUUUAGGAGUGCGAUUU